AUGGCAGAAGCAUUGGCUUCGCAGCUGAACAAGGCCAAGGACAAUGGCGCAGAAACCAAGUGGAAGGAACAGCUUAAACUUCCCCCAAAAGAUACAAGGACACAAACAGAGGAUGUCACAGCCACAAAGGGUUUGGAGUUUGAGGAUUUUUAUAUCAAACGAGAAUUGAUGAUGGGAAUAUUUGAGGCUGGCUUUGAGAAACCGUCUCCUAUCCAAGAAGAAACCAUACCCGUUGCACUUACCGGUCGUGAUAUACUCGCUCGGGCAAAAAAUGGAACUGGGAAAACAGCGGCCUUUGUCAUACCAACUUUAGAACGCACCAAUCCCAAAAUCUCGAAGACGCAGGCCCUCAUACUCGUACCUACAAGAGAGUUAGCGCUUCAAACGUCACAAGUGUGCAAAACCUUAGGCAAGCAUCUCGGUAUCAAUGUGAUGGUAACCACUGGGGGUACUGGCCUACAAGACGAUAUUAUUCGAUUGAGUGAUACUGUCCAUAUCAUAGUUGGUACACCCGGAAGAAUUCUCGACCUCGCAAGCAAGGGUGUGGCAGAUUUGUCUGAAUGCACUACAUUUGUAAUGGAUGAGGCCGAUAAGCUUCUAUCACCGGAAUUUACACCUGUUAUUGAACAACUACUGUCAUUCCAUCCCAAGGACCGCCAAGUUAUGCUUUUCAGUGCUACCUUUCCAAUGAUCGUGAAAUCUUUCAAGGACAAGCAUAUGCGAAAUCCGUACGAGAUCAACCUCAUGGAUGAACUCACAUUACGCGGUAUCACACAAUAUUAUGCUUUUGUUGAAGAAAGGCAGAAGGUCCAUUGUCUAAACACUCUAUUUUCCAAAUUGCAAAUCAAUCAGUCCAUUAUUUUUUGCAAUUCAACAAACCGAGUGGAGUUGCUUGCAAAGAAAAUCACCGAGCUUGGGUACUCCUGCUUUUAUUCUCAUGCGAGAAUGCUUCAACAAAAUCGAAACCGUGUUUUCCAUGACUUUCGGAACGGUGUUUGCCGUAAUCUUGUCUGUUCGGACUUACUCACUCGAGGAAUUGAUAUCCAAGCCGUUAACGUCGUCAUAAACUUUGAUUUUCCGAAAAACGCUGAAACGUAUCUUCAUCGAAUUGGCCGUUCCGGUCGAUUUGGCCAUCUAGGCUUAGCAAUCAAUCUUAUCAAUUGGGAUGAUCGGUACAAUUUAUACAAAAUUGAACAGGAGCUUGGAACCGAGAUUCAACCGAUACCGCCAUCAAUUGAUAAAAAGCUUUACGUCUAUGAUACCCCCGAAACAAUCCCACGCCCUAUAGCAAAUGCGUCUACAGAACGUAACCCACCUGCACAACUUGCUCAGAGUUCUGACAAUCAAAACCAUCGCCAAGCUCACCAUAUAGGUGGGGGGCACGGGCAACAAACAGCAAAUCGGGGGCAUUCACUCCGGGGAUCCUACAGGGGUGGUCGUGCUCAGGGUCACCGCGGUGGACAUCCAGAGAACAAUCGUACGAACCCAAUGUCUUCUCGCUCGAAUAUGCCAACUUCUACUACUGCAUCCUAA